AAACACUGCUAACUGCAGUUGUGUCUAUUUUCCCCUCAUGACCAUUUCCCAUGGCGCCCGCUACUGCUGAUAAGUAGGGGGACAUAUUAGCUUACGUGUUUUAGUUGGUUAAACUACACGUUUUACAACGGAUUUUAAUUAAUUUAUUUUUUAAACAUCGCAACCGGCCAUGACCGUGGAGCAGAAUGUCCUCCAACAGCAUUCGCAGAAGACUCUACUGAACCAGUUAAAGGAAGUGACCGGCACUACAGACUCUCAACUCUUACAACAGGCCCUGCAGGUCAGCAAUGGGGACCUGGCUGAGGCAGUAGCGUUCCUGACGGAGAAGAACACCAAGGUCCCGCAAGUCAACGAGACGACCUACUACCAGACCGCUCAGGUCGCAGGCAACGACCGAUACAUCAGCGUAGGCAGCCAGGCCGAUUCAAAUGUGAUCGACCUGACGGGAGACGACAAGGAUGACCUGCAGAGGGCCAUCGCUCUCAGCCUGGAGGAGUCCAACAGGGCCUUCAGGGAGACGGGCAUCACGGAUGAGGAGCAGGCCAUCAGCAGGAUAUUGGAGGCCAGCAUAGCGGAGAACAAGGCCACUUUGAAGAGGUCACACGCCGAGGUAUGGAGGGACUCUCCCAACCCGUACGACAGGAAGAGGCAGGACAGCUGUCCUGUGGGACUGAAGAAUGUGGGCAAUACCUGCUGGUUCAGCGCCGUAAUACAGUCCCUGUUCAACCUGCUGGAGUUCCAGAGGCUUGUCCUACACUACUCACCACCUGCCCGAGCGCAGGACCAACCACGCAACCAGAAGGAGCGCAGGAACCUGCCCUUCAUGCAGGAGUUGAGGAACCUCUUCUCCCUGAUGGUGGGCUCCAACAGGAAGUACGUGGACCCCUCCAGGGCUGUGGAGAUCCUACAAGAGGCCUUCCAGUCCUCAGAGUCACAGCAGGACGUGUGUGAGUUUACUCACAAACUGCUGGACUGGUUGGAAGAUGCCUUUCAGGUCAAGGCUGAGGAGACGAGAGAAGCCAAAGAGCCCAAGAACCCGAUGGUGGAGCUCUUCUAUGGUCGCUUUGUGGCAGUCGGGGUGUUGGAGGGUAAGAAGUUUGAGAACACGGAGAUGUUUGGCCAGUACCCUCUGCAGGUGAACGGCUUCAAGGACCUGCACGAGUGUCUGGAGGCUGCCAUGGUGGAGGGGGAGAUCGAGUCCCUGCACUCAGCCGAGAACACCGCCCGCUCAGGCCAGGAGCACUGGUUCACAGAGCUGCCCCCCGUGCUGACGUUCGAGCUGUCCAGGUUCGAGUUCAACCAGGCCCUGGGCCGGCCGGAGAAGAUCCACAACAAGCUGGAGUUCCCCCCCAUGCUCUACAUGGACCGGUACAUGGAUAAGAACCGGGACAUCACGCGGCUCAAGAGGGAGGAGAUCCGGAGGCUGAAGGAUCACCUGACCGUGCUGCAGCAGCGUCUGGAGAGAUAUCUGAGCUAUGGCUCGGGCCCCAAGAGGUUUCCUCUGGCGGACGUCCUCCAGUACGCCCUGGAGUUUGCCUCCAGCAAGCCCGUCUGCACCUCCCCCGUGGACGACAUCGACGCCGCCACGCCCUCUGCUGGCGCCACCGCCAAACAGCAGCCGCCCUCGCACACAAGCCCAGCGGAGCAGCAGGGGGCUGCGUCGGGCCCCGCAGAGGGGGCGGUGCCCACCACGCAGCAGAAGACGCCCCCCUACAAGCCCUUCACCCAGUCCUGCCUGCCCCCCAACCUGCCCAUGCACCCCGCCCCCCGAAACAUCACCGACGACGAGCUGCGCACGCUGGAGGGCUGCCUGCACCGCUGGAGGAGCGAAGUGGAGACCGACACACGAGAUCUCCAGAGCAGCAUAUCCCGCAUCCACAGGACCAUUGAGCUCAUGUACUCAGACAAGAGCAUGAUGCAGGUCCCGUACCGGUUGCACGCGGUGCUGGUCCACGAGGGCCAGGCCAUAGCCGGCCACUACUGGGCCUAUAUCUUCGACCCGCGCCACAACGGCUGGAUGAAGUACAACGACAUCUCCGUCACCAAGUCGUCCUGGGAGGAGCUGAUGAGGGACUCGUUCGGGGGCUACCGCAACGCCAGCGCCUACUGCCUCAUGUACAUCAAUGACAAGAAACGCUUCCUCAUCGAGGAGGAGUUUGACGUGGAGACGGGGCUGCUGCUGAGCGGCCUGUCCAAGCUGCCCGCGGAGCUGCAGGAGUACGUGAAGGAGGACAACCUGCAGUUCGAGCGCGAGCUCAAGGUCUGGGACAUGCUGCAGGCCCGCAAAGCCCAGCAGGAGAAGCAGGCGCUGGCUACCGCUACAGCCGCUGCUGCCGCCGCUACCGCCGCCGCCGCCGCUGCUGCUGCUGCUGCUGCUACCACAGCUACUGCUACCACUGCUGCAGCGCCCCCUGCUGGUACAGGCACGGGAGCAGGGGAUGGAGCAGUGGCCACUGUCACGGAGACACAGGCACAGCCCGACAGCACAGCAGCCCAUCAGCCAGAGCCUGAGUAUAUGGAGCAGCAGUCUCCCACUGAGGACUGCCACCAGCUGAGGGAGGAGACGCAGAGGGCCAUCGCCAGGGCCGCCACCGAGCACGGAGCCAAGGGACCCGAGGUGCUGCUCAACGCGUCCAAUUCCAUCCCUCCAUUCCCGACCCAUCCUCACCACGCUGAAAUGCCUAACCCCACACACACUGCCCACCACCACCCUCUGCCCACUCCUCCGCCAUACCCCGAGCGUGAAGAUGCAGCAUACCCAGACCUACAGCCAGAGCCAGACCCCCUUGUGGUGGUCAACCUCCACCACCCUCAGCAGCACAGCCAUCAGCCCCCAACUCCGUACCCUGAGCAUGGUGGUCCAGACCCAGAGCUUCCUGUUGUUGACCAGCUAGUGGAGGUCACCAUCCCCAGAGCAGAAACCUUCAUCCACGAUUCCCAGCCAGAGCUCCCAAUGGUUGAGCGUCACCCUCAGCACCCCCGUCAGCCCCCUGCUCUGUACCCUGAACAUGGUGGUGCAGGUGUAGAGCCAGAGCCCCCUGUUGUUGACCAGCUAGUGGAGGUCACCAUCCCCAGAGCAGAAACCUUCAUCCACGAGUCACAGCCAGAGCUCUCAAUGGUUGAGUAUCACCCUCAGCACCCCCGUCAGCCCCCUGCUCCGUACCCCAGUCAUGAGGGUACAGAACCAGUACCAGAACCGCAACCAUUGCCAUUGCCAGAGCCUCCUGUGGUUGACCAGAUAGUGGAGGUGACCACCCCCAGAGCAGAAACCUUCAUCCACGAGUCACAGGAAGAGGAGGGGUGGGACGAUGAGGCCUUGCUGACUCCCAGUAUGCAGGGUGUCCUCAUGGCAGUGGGGAAAACCAGGAAAAUAUUUGACAAGUUGGGGCCCGAGACGGCCUUCUUUAAGGCGAUCGAGGUGGAGUACACGCGUCUGCUGCACCUGGCCCAGGAGGACACGCCCCCGGAGAGGGACCACCGGCUGCAGCACCCAAUCGUCUACUUCAUCCAGAACGAGGCGCCACAGAAGAUCCUCGAGCGCACGCUGCUCGCACAGUUCGCAGACCGCAACCUCGCCUUCGAUGAGCGGUGUAAGAGCAUCAUGCAGGUGGCCUGUGCCAAGAUGGAGCUGAUCACACCCGAAGAGGUCAACAUGCAGGAGUACGAGUUGUGGCACAGAGAGUACCAGAAGUACCGGGAGACGACCGUCUACCUGAUGAUUGGCCUGGAGCUGUACAAGAAGGAGAGCUAUGUGGAGUCCCUGGUGUAUCUCAUCUACGCGUACCAGUUCAACAAGGAGCUUCUGUCCAAGGGGCAAUACCGGGGUCACGACGAGAGGCUGAUCGCCCAUUACCGCCGAGAGUGUCUGUUGAAACUGAAUGAGCACGCGGCGCGCCUGUUUGAGUCUGGCGAGGAGCCGGAGGUGGUGUCGGGCCUGAGCAUCAUGCUGGAGCUGGUGGUGCCCUGCAUCCCGCUGCUGCUGCUCGACGACUCGGAGGAGAAGGACCUCAUCGCCGUGGAGGACAUCCGCAACCGCUGGUGCUCCUACCUGGGACAGGAGAUGGAGCCCCACCUGCAGGAGAAGUUGACGGACUUCCUCCCCAAGCUGCUGGACUGCUCCACGGAGAUCAAGGGCUUCCUGGCGGCCCCCAAGCUGGGCGCCUACUCCACGCUGGAGCUCUGCCAGCGCUUCACGCGCAUCAUGGCCGCCCUCGGACGCAUCCCCGCCGACGGCAGAUGAACUCAGAAUAAACCACGACACACAACACGACACAUGACACCUGACACACACACCUGGACACUGCACACUCGGACAUGUAGACACACACAGCACACACACACACACACACUCACACACACACAGACAAACACACUGCUGACGGCAGAUGAACUCAUAAACGACGACACAUGACACACACCUGUACACUGCACACUAAGACAUGUACACACACACACACACACACACACACACACACACAUACAUACAUAUAUACACAGGCACACACUGCAGACGGCAGAUAAACUCAUAGACGACACACACCUGCACACUCUGACAUGGACACACACACACACACACACACACACACACACACACACACGGUCAAACAUGCACGCAAACGCAUGUGCACACAUACUUAGCACUCACACAUGUUACAUGCACUCACACAUACUACAUGCAAACACUCACUUACACAGACACGCACACACACACACAUGCUAACACUUACAUACACACACACACACACACUUACAUAAACACACACACGUACACACAUACUCAGAUUCUGGCCUUCGCUUCCGCCGCGCUCUGUGGCCUCCCUGCAGUUGAACCCAAGCAUUAUGCACACACACACACACACACACACACACACACACACACACACACACACACACACACACACGGGCCCAGGCCUUCCUUAAACCAGGGGUUUCUCUAGCUGUUACUCCUUUGAUUUUUCUUUUGCUGCUAUAGUUUUAAUCAUCUUCAUUAUUAUUACUAUUAUUAUUAUUAUUAUUAUUAUUAUUAUUAUUAUUAUUAUUAUUAUGUGUGACAGCAAUGCCACAGAGAGCAAGUGGUAACGAUGUUUAAGAGAUUAUAAAGAGGUGCAUGGCUGCGCCAGCUUUGUUAGACAGCUUUCGGUGUGUGUGUGUGCGUGUGUGUGUGUGUGUGUGUGCGCGUGCGCGUGCGUGCGCAGCUGCGUGUGUGACGAGAAAGUUAAGGUGUUGAGGUGUUAAGUCGUGCAGGUUAGUAUUUACAUGCUUGUGGCAUGCAUGUAAGAAAGAGUAAGCACAUUUAAACGUGUAAUGUAUGUGUGUGUGUAUUACAGAGAGAGAGAGAGAGAGAGAGAGAGAGAGAGAGAGAGAGAGAGAGAGAGAGAGAGAGAGAGAGAGAGAGAGAG